GAGACAGCUGGUCAGCGACAGGAUUACUGCGCACGCAUUGUUGUGGUUGAGUCUCUCCACCCAGUCCGACCCCCCACACGGCGUAGGGGUCUGAAGUCCACCAACUCCAUGCACACCCCAGCUGCGCCAGCGUAGGGAUGGGCGCGUGAGUGAGACUGCCGAGCCAAGCAAACAUGACCUCGGCGAGUACGAUUUCGGCAAAGGGAAGGAAGGUGGGGGCCCAGACCGGGGUGGGUGACCCGCGGGUUCCCGAAGGGCGAAGAUAAGCCCAAUUGCAAUCGCACGCUUUCAAUGCCGCGACGUGGGCUCGUAUCUUCCUUUCUCGGCGCCUUCCCACAAUUCCUUUACAGUGCUGCAGUGGCAGGUACCUCACCCGCCAGUAGGAAGCUGGUGGUCAUCGACGUCACUUCGCGGCCAGUCCUCAGCCUCGUUUCCUCGUUUUCGGGGGGCCGUUUUCGGGGACCUAAACUGUAGGCAAUAGGCACCUACCCAAGCGCCGCUCUCAUUGUCUUACAGGGGCUCCAACCUGAGCUUUCAUGCUCGCAGCGACGCGGCACGCUGCCGUGCUGCCCCGCUCGCGCACCGGCAGCAGUCCACCUCAUGGCGGUGGUGGAGCUGGCGGCCGCCCUGCCGAAGUGCGGCCCUCUGGGGCGACGUGCGUACGAGGUCGCCAAAGCACCUGCUACCAGGCUGCGGCAUUUCGGCCUCGUGAUGGCGACGCUGCUGAUGACCCCAGUUCCUACCGUGACGGCGGGGGCGGCGGCAAGCGCUUCAACGGCCACCGCGAGCGCUCACGUGACCAUGGCGGCAGCCCCCCGGUGGAGUAGUGAAGGUGGAGGUGGAGAAGGCCGCCGCCGGCGGUACAGGUGCCACCGCCAACGCCGCCGCCGCCAGUGAAGGCGCACCGCCGGAGCUACAAGACCUCCGGGGCCAGGUGUGUGGGUGCGCGAUAGAUGUGCAGCCCCCACAACUGGUUUGUGUUACUUCAGGGCACGUAGUCCCCGAGAGUGUGCUGAGGGGAUAGGGGUGUGCGGGGCAGCAGUUGCAGGGGCCCCUACCUAUGCUUGCUGCUGAUCGAUUCAGUCGUCAAUGUCGCUGAUGACCAGUCUGUCUGUGCACAUUCUGCAUCAGGGGGAAUCCAAUCAGUCGCUCUUGGCGGGCUUCGCCGCACUGCUGGACCAGAGGCUCGCUUUACGAGACCAGGAACAGGCGCAGCGGCAGGCGCAGCGGCAGGCGCAGCGGCUUGCGCAGCAACAGGCGCAGCGGCAGGCGCAGCGGCAGGCGCAGCGGGACCAGGCGCGUCAGGGGGCAAUGCUGGAGACCGUGUGCAAGUCCGUGGUGGAGAGCGUCGCUGUCAUGCACUUACGGAAUGAG